AUGGGGGAAGUAUUUCCUCAUCCUCCUUUGCAGCAAAUGUCUGUUGGAUGUGACGAAGGAGAUUUCUUAGCAGCAGAGAUUGAUGGGACAUUAUACAUGACUAGGAUAUUAUUAAAGGAAGAUCCAGAGGGAAAGGAAAAGGCCCCAAUUACCAUGGCGCAGUAUACCGUGCAACAGCAACAGCAGCAGCAACAGCAACAGCAGCAGCAACAGCAACAGCAGCAGCAGCUGGAGGAAGAGCAAUUAACUUGGGUCUUGUAUCUUCUAUUCAACUAUUCUUGUGGCUAA